UCUCUUCAUACGUUUGGCAUUCUCUCGUAUGUAUAUACUCUUUGCAUCCAGACACAACGUCCUUUUCUCUAUCAACCAGUUGUCGUGUUGGUUACAAAAUCAGCUGCAAUAGUACCACCCAACCCAUUCUUUUCUUACUAUUAUUGUUGUUCCAUGGUCUCUUUCUUUCUUUUCCCCACCAAUUCAAGCCAAGGGUACAAGAUGGGUCAGAAAUCUAUUAAUGAUCCAUAAAUCACCAUACCCACAAGCAAAAUCUUAUUUUUAAGUGUUAUGAAGAUAAAAUCCUGAUAAUUACUGUUAUCAAUGGAGGAUGGCAAAGACCCUACUGCUAUCACUACAGUUAUCAGUAGACCGAACCAAUCUAGGGCUUUGCCACAAAGGCUUAUACAGCUGCUUGCCUUAUUUCUUAUUUUGUGUUUUACCGUUUCGUUAUUUAGUAUAUAUAUGAUCCGUAAAACCGGAGUUGUUACAACGGUAACUACAGCAAUCCCCAUUUUACAACCGUGUAUCCAAGAGAUCAACAAUCUUGACCGUUGGAUCACACCUCGUUCGAACCUUAUCCAUACAAUGAGUGAUAAGGAGCUGUUUUGGAGAGCUUCUUUUGUGCCACAAGUGAAGAGAUAUCCAUUUGCAAGAGUCCCAAAGAUUGCAUUUAUGUUCUUGACUAUAGGGCCGUUACCAUUGGCUCCUUUGUGGGAAAGGUAUUUUAAGGGGUAUGAGAGUCUUUAUUCGAUAUACAUUCAUUCGCUUCCGUCGUAUGAGCCCCGUUUUCCAUCGACAUCUGUUUUUUAUAACAGACAGAUACCAAGUCAGAUAGCCGAAUGGGGUAGAAUGAGCAUAUGUGAUGCCGAAAGAAGAUUAUUAGCAAACGCACUUCUCGACAUCUCAAAUGAAUAUUUUAUUCUUGUAUCCGAAUCAUGCAUUCCCCUCUACAAUUUCACUACAAUUUAUCAUUACAUAACUCAAUCCAAAUACAGUUUCAUGGGCUCUUUUGAUGACCCGGGACCAUAUGGUCGGGGUCGGUAUGACCCAAACAUGUUACCAGAAGUCAACAUCUCCCAAUGGAGAAAAGGGUCCCAAUGGUUUGAAGUCAACCGUAAACUCGCAUCAAUCAUAAUAUCCGACGUUACAUAUCACCCAAAAUUCUCGGAGUUUUGCAGGCCCCCUUGUUACGUCGAUGAACAUUAUUUCCCGACUCUGUUAGCGAUCAGGGCACAGAAUCUGUUAGCAAACAGGAGUUUAACUUGGGUUGACUGGUCACGAGGUGGGGCCCACCCAGCAACAUUUGGGGCAAAUGAUAUUACAGAGGCGUUCAUGAAUAAGCUUCAUGAAGGACGAGAAUGUCUUUAUAACGAUGAGCCAUCUUUCGUAUGUUAUCUGUUUGCUAGGAAGUUUGCUCCUAGUACUUUACAACAACUGCUUCUUUUUGCACCAGAAUUUUUGGGGUAUUGAUUUAAUCUGAGAUUGGUGAGUUUGAAGCAGUUUCUUUAGGUGUACAGAUGAUAAUAUGAAUACUUUUUUCUAUA